AUGGCCCAUCAUGAUUCAGUCAGCCUUGUUCACUUCGGAGAUCAGACUGCCAACCUAGAUUCCUCCCUGCGAGCGCUGCUUCGCUCAGCCAAGCGCUUGCCCGACCUCGACCAGUUUCUACGACGCAGUACCGAAGUCCUCCAAACUGGUGUCCGGACCUUACCCGUGACCAGUCAGGCGGAAUGGGCAUGUCGAACUUUAGGAGACUUUCUCCUCGCCGUAGAGGCCUCGGUGGAUGAGCACAGGCCGGCAAUCGUCACCGUGCUCCUCACUAUCUGUCAACUAGGGUAUCUAUAUGUAUAUUUGGAACAGCAGCUGCCGGACUUCCUCCAAUCUGCAAAGCGGAUAAUGGUGGGCCUGUGUACGGGGAUGCUCCCAGCAGCGACAGCAGCAUGCCUCACCAAUGCAUCGGAAGUCCUGAGGAUCGGACCUGAGAUCACUUGCAUAGCUUUUCGGUUGGGACUUUACGUCAGUCGUUGCUCACAUGCCCUCACAGUUGUUCAAGGCAGCUGGGCAGUGUCCGUCUCUGGCGUCACCGAAGAACAGCUACGGGGUGCCCUACAACAGUUCAAUGAGACUUGUACUGCUUCUCCAAUGCUACAACCCUACAUCAGUGUCAUCGCCAACUCGUCGUUUACUGUCGCCGGUCCGCCUUCUGCGCUGCAGGGCUUUGCAGACUUCAUGCAUGACUAUAUGCCUCGCGCUCGCAUAAUUUCAAUCCCCAUCUUCGCCGCGUACCAUUCUAGCCUUAUUUAUCCGACCAUUCCUGAUUCAAUUAUUGGGAACUCUUCUCUUCUAGAUCAGCCGCGAAACCCCAAAUCAUCUCUCAUCUCCACCCACACUGGCCUUACAGUGCACGACGCUCUGACGCUGCGUGACUACCUACACAUCGCCGUGCAUGACAUUCUUCAACACCCAGUGCAUCUAGUGACUGUGCUGAAAAGUCUCAGGACUCAAAGCCGGACAGACACAUCUCUCACGGUAUCACAAUUGGAACAUCGCGGUGGCUUCGCAAUUAUUGGCAUGGCGGGACGAUUUCCUGGCGCCGAUAGCUUAAACACGUUCUGGGAGAUCCUCGAAAAAGGACUGGACCUCCAUCGACUGAUUCCUGCCAAUCGCUUCAAUAACCCAGAUUUGUUUGACGCUCGUCUAUUUAACCUUUCUGCCAAGGAGGCGGCGGCAAUGGAUCCCUCCCAGCGGCUACUUCUGAUGACGACGUAUGAGGCGCUCCAAAUGGCCGGAUAUUCCCCCGGCCGCGGAUCCUCGGGCCGCGCUCAUCGCGUGGGCACCUUUGUCGGUCAGACCAGUGAUGAUUACCGCGAAACCAACGCAGGCCAGGAUGUGGGGAUCUUCUGGACUCCCGGCGGCAUGCGCGCAUUCGGCUCGGGACGACUUAAUCACCAUUUCGGGUGGGAUGGCCCAAGUUAUAGUGUCGAUACCGCGUGUUCAUCUAGGGGCGUGAACAUCAUGACCUCCUCUGACCCCUUCGCGGGGUUGAGUCGUGGCGGGUUCUUGUCCCCCACUGGGUCGUGCAAAACGUGGGACGCCGCUGCUGACGGCUAUUGCCGUGGGGAGGGAGUCGAACGAUUGUUCACUACGGUUUUUGAGGGAGCCGAUGUGGAGCCGACUGAGGUGGAUUAUGUGGAGAUGCAUGGAACAGGAACCCAGGCUGGGGACGUGGCAGAAACCUCAGCGGUUGCUCGGGCAUUUUCUUCACGCUCGAGAGACAGCUCGCCCUUGUAUCUCGGAGCCGUCAAAUCAAAUAUUGGCCAUGGCGAGUCUGCGUCCGGAGUAGCAUCAAUCAUCAGGUCUGUGCUGAUGCUUCAAAAAUCGAUCAUCCCGCCGCAUGUGGGAAUCAAGAAUGUCAUCAACCCAAACAUUCCCGCCGAGCAGUUUCGCGCUCUCAACAUCCAGAUUCCCAGGAUGAAGAUGCCUUUCCUAGCCGGCACCAGGCUGCGGAAGAUUUUGGUGAAUAAUUUCAACGCAGCUGGUGGAAACACGAGUCUACUAUUAGAAGAACACACGGCAGAACAAGCCGAAACCGGCGGUGGCCUGACACAAGAGCAUCGCUCUUCCCAGAUUGUGACGGUGUCAGCAAAGACACCGCAUGCUCUUAUAGGGAACAUGGACCGUCUGAUUCAGUUCUUGCAAGAACACCCCAAUACCAGUAUAUCAGACCUAGCCUACUCGAUGACCGCUCGUCAAAUGCAUCAUCCACAUCGAAAAGCGUACACCUUUUCUACCGUCCAAGAGCUCGUCUCUCAACUGAGCGAGCCUCUUGAUGAGACUUUGACUGCUGCCCAACAAUCCCCGAGUACCGUCUUUCUUUUCGCUGGCCAAGGGUCACUCUACCAGGGUAUGGGUCAGCAGCUCAUGUACAGCAGCAAGCACUUCUUUGACAAGAUCCAGGAGAUCGACCAGAUGUGUCACAUCACUUUCGCCGUGGGUAUUGCCCUCGCCAGUCUCUGGCGUUCUUGGGGAGUCACUCCGCGGCUUGUCUGCGGGCAUAAUCUGAGCACAUAUGCAGCCCUGUGCAUUUCGGGAGCUUCUCCUCUGGCGAAGGUUUCAUGUUACAACAGCCCCAGCUCUACAGUCGUAGGUGGCACCGUCGAGGAUAUCAGCUCCUUAGCCAGCUCUCUGAGCGCCAGCGACAUCCACCACGAAAUUUUGCGGGUCCCCUAUGCCUUUCAUUCAGCGCAACUCGACCAAUGCCUACAGUCCUUCGAAGCUCUGGCUCGACAGGUUCGGUUCAAUCGACCCGCUGUUCCUGUUGCAUCAACUUGUUUGGGCGUGGUCGUAUCCGAGCCGGGUGUUUUCUGCGCAGAAUAUUUGAGCCGACAGGCUCGACAACCGGUUCUCUUUGGUCAGGCUAUCCAAGCAAUCAUUUCGCGGGGCGACUACAAUGAGAAAUCAACGUUCUGGGUAGAUAUCGGCGCGCGUCCGUUUUGCGCGCCCAUGACCAAGUCGAUCCUAGGAAAGCGGUCCGUGCCGUCACUUCUGUCGAUGACUCCCAAUCAAAGCGACUGGCUCACACUCUCUCAGAGUGUCGCAAAGGCCUACAGUGUUGGUUUCGAGAUCGACUGGGAUGCGAUACAUCGAGAGCAUGAGACGCGCUUAAAAUUUCUGCCGUUGCCGCCCUAUUCUUUUGACCUCAAAAGUUAUUGGCUGCAAUACAGAGGGGACUGGUUGAUCACCAAACACAGCCCUACUCGUGGGCUGAAGUCUGAUUGGAGAUCAUUCGAGCCUACGCCCACGAUACAAAGAAUUGAAAAAGAAGAGCUCGUGGCGGGCGGCGGAACGAUUUCAUUUGUUUCCGACCUGAAUGACCCAAUCCUGCGAGCCGUGGCUACUGGACACCUGGUCAGACAAGUGGCCCUGUGUCCCAGCUCUGUCUACGCUGAUAUGGCGCUCACGGCGGCUAUAUAUAUAUGGAACCGCACUGAGCCACACAGUGUACCUGCGAUGGAGAUCCAAGACAUGACGGUGCGACAACCGCUCAUUCUCGAAGGUCGUGAUCAGCUGUUGGCAUACAUCACAAUUUCAAAAGCUGCCAAGUCGCAUUCCGCCAUGGUAACCAUCAGUACGCGGCGCUACGCCGGAGACGACAUGAGUCAUGAGGCUAUUCAUGCACAAUGUGUGGUUAUCUUCGGCGACGGAAAUGUGUGGAUGGCGCAAUGGGCGAAGCAACAAUAUCUCAUUCAGAACCGGAUUCAUAGCCUGAAGGCAGCAGCGCAGAAGGGAGAGAUCCACAAAUUGAAGCGCAGUAUGAUCUAUAGGCUGUUUUCAAGCUUCUUCAAGUAUAGCAAGCCAUUCCAAGGGAUGGAUGAGGUAUGGGUGGACUCCGACCUUUUCGAGGCUGCAGCCCAGAUUCGAUUUGCAUCAAUCGCGACGAACAGCAAGUUUACCUUCUCCCCCCAUUGGCUUGACAGUCUCAUACACCUUUCCGGAUUUAUCCUUAAUCAUGCGCUUUGCCACUUCGAUUUCGGCGACCGGGCAUAUCAGGCAUAUGUCCACAUGCAGGAGUCGCAAGCAUCUGGGGACAAGGAUGUCAUGUCGGCUGACGUAUACAUUCUCGAGCAGGACGGCAAUCGCGUUAUUGGCCUUGUGACCGAUGUCAGAUUCAAGGCAGUCAAGAGGAGGCUUUUGGAUGUUCUGCUGCCUUCAACUCGAGCAGCGCUGGCAAUAGCAAAACCUGAACAAAGAAAAUCGCGUACCUUAGAAGCUGCGGAUCGUCCGAGAACUAAUGAAACCCCCUUUGCAAGACUAAGGGCCUGCAUCUCUGAUGAAACAGAGGUUCUAGUGAAUGAGGUGACUGAAAAGACUAAUCUGGCCGAGAUCGGGCUUGAUUCUUUGCUUUCCUUUGCAGUGGUCGCCUGGUUGCAACAAGAGCUACAAGUCGAGAUCAGUAGGUCAGCACUUAUCUCUAGUAAAACCCUUGGUGAUCUCCGCCCGUACCUUCAGGCGACAAAAUCAGGCGAUGAUGGCGAUGAACAGGUCAACCAAAGUUCUCCAGAAGAAGGCACUGGGAUCCUCACACCGACAACGAGCAUUGCGAAAGAGCCCAUAGACCUUUUCCAGGCAUUUAAGUCCGUGAUUUUCGUUGAGAGCGAGGUGGAUCCCCGGGAUGUUGUCAUCUCGGGCACGAACUUCGCUGAUCUGGGUAUCGACUCCCUACUGGGUCUCGCUAUCCUCAAUGCUUUCCAGAACCAGAGCGGCUGUAGGCUUCCUCACUCAUUCUUCUCAGACUAUCCGACCUUUGCAGUCGCCGAAAGGUACUUCCAUUCACGGUCGUCGACAUCUCUUCCGAGCUUUCCUCUGCCAGUCGGCAUCUCCCAAGACAAGGUACAAUCGCCGGCCGCUGUCUGCCAGUCUGUACAGUUGCAAGGCGACUCCGCAUACAAUGGUUCUGUGGCGAUCUCAUGA